CCGCGUGUGCGUCCAGUUCAGAAUUUCGCUUCGCAAGAAGGGUCGCCAAGCAGCCGAGCAAAAGUACCUACCACCUUCAAAGCAACACCUUUGGUAACCCGUAGCCCGCAAUCUCCACCGGCAAAUCCGUGAAAAUGUCUUCCGUGCGCACCAUGAACGACUACCACAAGAGGAUCGAGGCGGCGGACGACAAGCUGAUCGUGCUCGACUUCUACGCCACGUGGUGCGGCCCCUGCAAGGACAUGGAGAGCACGGUGAAGUCGCUGGCCAGGAAGUACUCCACCAAGGCGGUGGUCCUCAAGAUCGACGUGGACAAGUUCGAGGAGCUGACCGAGCGCUACAAGGUGCGCAGCAUGCCCACCUUCGUGUUCCUCAAGAACAACCGCCGCGUGGCCGCCUUCUCCGGCGCCGACGAGUACAAGCUGACCAACAUGAUGGCCAAGCUGGUGAAGGCCUAGCCAGGCACCGGGUGAAGCCCAGUGGCGAUCCCCUCGCAGCAGGACUCUGCACACCCAUAGAUUUUAACCCAUGUUCACAGUGUUCCUUUAUUGUAUGCGUCCCGUCUAAUUAGUAUUGUAUUUGAUGUAUAGCUCGUAAGCGAUGUGGGAGUAGGAGAUGCGCGUGUGGUCAUAAAAAUCAGAGAAGAUCUCGAAAAUCGCGAAAAUCGACGAGAAAAUUGAUAACCUAACCUCAAUCCGAGAGAAACCAUUUUGUAUUUGUAUGUUAUAGGGCGUGGAGGCGUGUCUGCGACAUAACCUCAAAGGUCUGAGAAUUGUAAUCUGUUUUAAGUCAUCUCGAAAUGCCAUUUUGGACAAACCAAUUAGCUUUAAGGUUAGGCACUUAGCAAUUCGAUCAAUAAAUUGUAACCACUCUGACUAUAA